AAGAAGCAGGACCCUUUCCCAACAACAAUGGCGUCCUCUACGAGGGGAGACGGCGUGAGUGAAGCACAGACAGGGAAAACAUCGAAAAAGACUAAAAACCAAGUGGAUGAAUCUGAACUCUUGACUGUUCCUGAUGGAUGGAAGGAGGCGGCUUUCACUAAAGAUGACAACCCCCGUGGUCUGCUGGAGGAGAGCAGUUUCGCCACGCUUUUCCCCAAAUACAGAGAAGCUUACCUGAAAGAGUGCUGGCCGCUUGUAGAGAAGGCCUUAGGAGAGGCGCACAUCAAAGCCACUCUGGACCUGAUAGAGGGAAGCAUCACAGUUUGCACAACCAAGAAAACUUUUGACCCUUAUGCCAUCGUGAGAGCAAGAGAUCUCAUCAAGCUGCUGGCCAGGAGUGUCCCAUUCGAACAGGCAGUGCGGAUAUUACAGGAUGACAUGGCGUGUGACAUCAUUAAAAUCGGGACCCUUGUAAGGAACAGAGAGCGUUUUGUGAAGCGAAGACAGCGACUUAUUGGCCCCAAGGGCUCCACCCUAAAAGCGUUAGAGUUGUUGACCAACUGCUAUGUGAUGGUGCAGGGCAACACGGUGUCAGCACUGGGGCCGUUCAACGGACUAAAGGAGGUACGCAAAGUGGUGAUGGACACAAUGAAGAACAUCCACCCCAUCUACAACAUAAAGACACUGAUGAUCAAACGGGAGCUGUCCAAAGAUCCUGACUUGCGGAUGCAGAGCUGGGAACGUUUCCUGCCCAAGUUCCGCCACAAGAACCUGACCAAGCGCAGGGAGCCCAAGAAGAAGAGUGUGAAGAAGGAGUACACACCGUUCCCCCCAGCACAGCCAGAGAGCACGGUUGACAAGGAGCUGGCCACAGGAGAAUUCUUCCUGCGUGAAAGUGUGAAAAAGAGGAAGAAGAUGGAAGAGAUCAAGGUGAAACAAGCAGAGGCACUGACCAAGAAGCAGGAAGAGCGGAACAAAGCUUUCAUUCCUCCUAAAGAGAAGCCUUUAAUGAAGAAAUCCACUAAAGUUUCUACAGAAGGCAAGCUGGACAUCGAAGCCAUUAAGGAGAAAGUGAAGAAAGCUAAAACCAAAAAACUGGGGGCUCCACCAGUUAACCCUGCACCCCCCAGCAGCACCACGGACAAAAAGAAAAAGAGCAAAACAAAAAACAAAGGCUGACCACAAACACACACCUCUGUCGUGGUGUGUACCAUGUGAUAUGGUAUUUGUUGGGCGAAUUAGGGACCUUGUAAGGACACGAAAAGAUGGGACGUCAGCCGUACUGUCAUGGACGUUUUUAUUAAACUGCUUUUGGUGUGCGGAUUUUGUUUUCCCAUUUCCUAGACCAAUUAUCUGUCAAUAGAGAUAGAAAGACCACCAGUGAACGAUGUCAUACAUUUUCCUCUUGUCUACUUUAUUGGUCUUCUAUUUGUCCAGAUUUUGUUUGGUCAGUAUUUAUACCUUAUAAAACAUAUUUUCUCCUGCCUUUUAAAAACAGAUGUUUGUUUGGGAGGAGGCAGACUCAAUCAGAUGGAAAUGUGAAAUUAAAGAGAAGAUUUUUACAACUUAGAUCUUAAAUUUGUAGGUUUGUCUUAAUUUCUAUCAUUGACAUUUUUUUUUUAUCAUACUGUAUGCUAUGGGGGAUUAGGUACUUCUAGACAUGCUACAUUGAUGCUUGGGUUUAAAUUCUAGUUUAUCUGAAUAACUUACUUGGAAGUGUAAAUUAAGGUAAGUAUAAAGAUUAUCAUUGUG